AUGUCAUUCCCUCUAGCGCGACAAGCUCUUGGGGGGAUUAGGAGCAAAACAACGAGAGCAUCGUUGUCAUUGAAAUGUCGAGGUUCAUUAGCGAGUGGGAUCUUGCGAUUAAGCCCAUCGGGAACCAGGGCUCUACGGCAUUCAUCUUCACCAUGGACAAAUUCACUGCAGAGGCUCGGUGAAAGGGGGAUUGCCACGACAAUUUCAGCCUCUGAAUUGCAGUUCGGUCAGCCAGUUCAUGAGACUCACCCGCACAUACUAAAGGCUGGAGAAUUAACACCAGGAAUCUCCGCUCAAGAGUACUAUGAUCGCCGACAAAACCUUGCAGCUCUUCUCCCUGAAAAUGGAAUCGCCAUCCUGGCGUCAGCCGAGCUCAGGUACCGCUCUGGCGCCGUCUUCUACCCCUUCCGCCAGGACUCCAACUUCCUCUACCUGACGGGCUUCGCCGAACAGGAUGCCGUGGCCGUGAUCCGAAAAACCGGCCAGAACGAUCACGAAUUUAGGCUGUACGUCAGGCCGAAGGACGCCGCGGCCGAACAGUGGUCCGGCCCUUGGAGCGGCGUCGAGGCAGCCAUGGACGUGUGGAACGCCGACGUCGCCGGGCCCAUCUCCACAGCCGCGCACGAGGUUGGUAAACUGGCCAAGGCCGCCUCGCCGGCCAUCUACACCGACGCUCCCGCGUACGGCGGGGGCACCGGUGCUGUGAAGCCGCUUGCGCCGCUGGUCAACUCCCUGCGUGCCGUCAAGUCCCCCGCCGAGGUGGCCAACAUGCGCCACGCGGGCCGUGUCUCGGGGCGGGCUUUCACGGCCGCAAUGCGAGGUGAUGCAUCCGGAUCCGACUGGAAGUAUGAGCGUGAUCUUGCCUUGUUCUUUGACCACACGUUUGCCACGACUGGUUGCGACGGCCAGGCAUAUGUGCCAGUUGUGGCAGGCGGGUCCCGUGGCAGCAUGAUUCACUACGUGCACAACAACCGCGAUCUGCCGCCAGGCGAGAUGGUACUGGUGGACGCCGGUGGUGAGUACGGCACAUACAUCACCGACAUCACUAGGACAUGGCCUAUCAAUGGCAAGUUCACCCCUGCGCAGCGAGACCUGUAUGAAGCCGUACUCAAGGUACAACGGUCGGCUGUGUCGUUGUGCCGCGCGGAUUCAGGGUUUUCUCUGGACAAGAUCCACAUGAUUGCCCAGGAUGGACUACGCGAUCAAUUGACACAGCUUGGCUUUGAAUUUGAUGGGAGGAAUGGGCGGACAAUACAGACGUUAUUCCCGCAUCACUUGAGUCACUAUGUUGGCCUGGAUGUUCAUGAUACGCCUGGAUAUUCUAGGAGCGUGCCCCUAGAGCAAGGCCAUUGUGUCACAGUCGAGCCCGGUAUUUACGUGCCCGACGAUGAGCGUUGGCCUGAGCAUUUCCGCGGAAUGGCCAUACGCAUUGAGGACAGUAUAUGCGUUCUAGACGAUGUGCCACUUGUUUUAACAUCCGAGGCAGUCAAGGAGGUGGUUGAUGUGGAAGCUCUACGGGCAUGA